UGACUAUUUCAUCUUAUUGAAUUAAGUUACAAAUCUUACAACCAUGACAAGUUACGUUUGUUGAACUUCAAAUCGAUUUUUAUUUAUUAUGUUUAUUCAAUUUUUUUUUUUAUUAUUUUAUUCUUGGACAAGCAAUCGUAGUGAAACUGUUGGUAUUUUAACCGACCUCACUAAACUUUAUCACAAGCCUUUCAUCGAUGCCUGUCAGUUAUUGCUUAAUAAAUUAGCCAGCUGUGCAUCAAGUGUAAGAGUGAUGAGAAAUCUAAUCAGAUCUCAUGCUUUACAAAUGGAAGAACCUUUUGAUCUUGCAGUUCACACAGACCUCAAUUUCACGAGAAGUGAUCUGCACCCAUUUUUACCAGACUGAACAGGCCAUACUAUUUAUGUACAACCAAUAUGUUCUUUAAAAAAAAACCGUAUUUCUCGAACGUUACAAAGCAUACAUAAUAUAUAUGCUACAGCACUUC